CGCCGACCACAUCAAGCUCCGUAAUUCCUCUUCUCUUACACACUUCCACUUCCACAUUUACACCUUUUAAUUUCUCUCUUGAUAAUGGACAAGCCUCUACCCAUAACCGAACCCUGGCGACCGGACUCUGUACUAUUCCGGCCACCGGAGACGCCACGCGAGCCGAUGGAGUUCCUUUCACGGUCAUGGAGCGUGUCCGCUUUAGAAGUGUCUAAAGCUCUAGCUCCACAGCUCCCGCAGAUGGUCCUCUCAAAGACAUCAAGCAGUGUCAUACUGGAAGACUUAGCUGGUGAACUGGAAGACCAAAAUGGCGCCGUUUCAGGGAACCCAUUCUCCUUAGUCUCCUCUGAAACUUCCCAGAUGAUUAUGGAACGUAUCAUGUCACAGUCGCAAGAGGUGUCUCCACGCACAUCCGGAAGACUGUCACAUAGCAGCGGCCCUCUUAACGGAACUCAGAGCUGCGGUUCCCUGACCGACAGUCCUCCCGUUUCUCCCUCUGAAAUCGACGACGUUAAGUUUUGUCGUUCCAAUAACAACACCUCCGGCAACAACCUCCAUCAUCAUCCAUUCACAUCUAGCUCUAACUUCCGUGCUUCGGCCGCCGCCGUUUCUGUAGCUUCGGCCGCGACAUCAGGCGGUGGGAAGACUGUGGGACGGUGGCUGAAGGACAGGAGGGAGAAGAAAAAGGAGGAAACCCGUGUACAUAAUGCCCAACUCCACGCGGCUGUUUCUGUUGCUGGAGUUGCGGCUGCUGUGGCCGCUAUUGCUGCGGCCACGGCUGGCACAUCCGGUGCCGGGAAAGAUGAGCAAAUGGCGAAGACUGAUAUGGCUGUGGCCUCAGCGGCUACGCUUGUUGCUGCUCAAUGUGUAGAGGCUGCUGAAGCUUUGGGUGCUGAACGUGAACAUUUGGCUUCUGUUGUCAGCUCCGCUGUCAACGUUAGAUCAGCCGGCGAUAUAAUGACAUUAACUGCUGGAGCGGCUACGGCUUUGAGAGGGGCAGCCACGUUGAAGGCUCGUGCGUUGAAGGAGGUGUGGAAUAUUGCGUCGGUGAUUCCAGUAGAGAAAGGAAAUAACAACAGUGGGGGUGGUAGUAACAAUGGUAGUUCCAACGGUAGUUUCAGCGGUGAGCUUGUUCCUGAAGAGAAUUUCUUGGGUAUUUGCAGUAGAGAAUUGCUUGCCAGAGGUUGUGAGCUACUAAAGCGAACCCGGAAAGGUGAUCUUCACUGGAAAAUAGUUUCUGUUUAUAUUAACAGAUUAAAUCAGGUUAUGUUGAAGAUGAAGAGUAGACAUGUUGCUGGGACCAUCACAAAAAAGAAAAAGAAUGUUGUGUUGGAGGUGAUUAAAGAUAUGCCCUCAUGGCCAGGCCGCCACUUGCUUGAGGGAGGUGAGAACAGACGAUACUUUGGGUUGAAGACAGUUAUGCGUGGAAUUGUAGAAUUCGAAUGCAAGAACCAGAGAGAGUAUGAUAUAUGGACUCAGGGUGUGUCAAGGCUCCUCACUAUUGCUUCAGAAAAAAGCAAUAGACAUAGAGUUUAAACUGUUGUUUACAUGGGGAAAUUUUGGUAUAUGAGAUAAUGGGAAUAGGACUAAAGGCCCUUAAACAAAAGGAUGAUAUGUUAGUAAAAACUGUAGGGCUGUUCUUUUGGUGUUUCUAUUGUAAAAAAGUUGAUAUAUGAAAGAGAAGUUGUCCAAAUGGGUCUCUUUACUUUAAUUCGGGGGUAUAAUAUCUUGAGCUUUUGUUGUAUUUUGAACUGGAAAGAGUAAAGUGAUUUUUGAAUGAAAGCAAAGAUAACCAUGUCUA